UCGGAAAAACAGCUGACUGGAUAAAGAAAAAUUGAAUUUCACAAUUGUUUCUGUUUUUUCACAAUUUUCUCGACUUUCUUGGUCAUGUCCACCUCCGGCGCCAAUCCCUUCUCCCACUUGGAGGAAUCCUUCACACAAGACGGAAAUGUCUACAAGUAUUUUGAUUUGCCAAAGAUUAACAACAAAUAUGAUGCACUGCCCUUCUCCAUACGAAUUCUACUGGAAUCUGCGGUGCGGAACUGUGACAACUUCCACGUGCUGGAGAGCGAUGUGAAGAGUAUUUUGAACUGGACGCCUGCUCUGAGGCAGGGCGACAGCGAUGUUGAGGUUUCCUUCAAGCCAGCACGUGUCAUACUCCAGGACUUCACCGGUGUGCCGGCCGUGGUGGACUUUGCAGCAAUGCGAGAUGCGGUGCUCGAUUUGGGCGGCAAUCCCGAGAAGAUCAACCCCAUCUGCCCCGCCGACUUGGUCGUCGAUCAUUCCGUUCAGGUUGACUUUGCUCGCACCACGGAUGCCCUGGCAAAGAAUCAAUCGCUGGAGUUUGAGCGCAACAAGGAGCGCUUCACAUUCCUCAAGUGGGGCGCCCGGGCGUUCAACAACAUGCUGAUUGUGCCCCCCGGCUCAGGCAUUGUGCAUCAGGUGAACCUGGAGUACUUGGCUCGCGUUGUCUUUGAGACGGAUGCCACGGACGGCUCGAAGGUGCUCUAUCCCGACAGCGUCGUGGGCACCGACUCCCACACCACCAUGAUCAACGGCCUGGGCGUGCUCGGCUGGGGUGUGGGCGGCAUUGAGGCGGAGGCCGUGAUGCUGGGACAGUCCAUCUCCAUGCUGCUGCCCGAAGUCAUUGGCUACAAGCUGGUGGGCAAGUUGGGCCCGCUGGCCACCUCCACCGAUCUGGUGCUGACCAUCACCAAGCAUCUGCGCCAGCUGGGCGUCGUGGGCAAGUUCGUGGAGUUCUAUGGUCCCGGUGUGGCUGAGCUGAGCAUCGCAGAUCGCGCGACCAUCAGCAAUAUGUGUCCGGAAUAUGGAGCCACAGUCGGGUACUUCCCCAUCGAUGAGAAUACGCUGAGUUAUAUGCGACAGACGAAUCGCUCUGAGAAGAAAAUCCACAUUAUUCGGGAGUAUCUGAAGGCCACGCGACAGCUGCGGGAUUAUGCUCAGCAAGAUCAGGAUCCCACAUACACAGAGUCUGUUACUUUGGAUCUUUCCACAGUGGUGACAUCGGUUUCGGGGCCCAAACGUCCGCACGAUCGCGUCUCUGUUUCCAGCAUGUUUGAGGACUUCAAAGCGUGCCUGACCAGCCCAGUGGGCUUCAAGGGAUUUGCUGUGCCGCCAGAUGCUUUGUCCGCCAGCGGAGAGUUCCAGUGGGAGGAUGGGAAAAGCUACAAGCUGCGCCAUGGCUCCGUGGUCAUUGCAGCCAUAACUUCCUGCACGAAUACCUCGAAUCCAUCGGUGAUGCUGGGCGCCGGUCUGCUGGCCAAGAAUGCCGUGGAGAAGGGCCUCAGCAUUUUGCCGUACAUCAAGACAUCGCUGUCGCCGGGCUCUGGCGUGGUCACCUACUACCUCAAAGAGUCGGGCGUCAUUCCGUACCUGGAGCAGCUGGGCUUCGACAUUGUGGGCUAUGGCUGCAUGACCUGCAUUGGCAACUCGGGACCGUUGGAGGAGAAUGUGGUCAACGCCAUCGAGAAGAACGGCCUGGUCUGCUGCGGUGUGUUGUCCGGAAAUCGCAACUUUGAGGGACGCAUUCAUCCCAACACGCGGGCCAACUAUCUGGCCAGUCCUCUGCUGGUGAUUGCCUACGCCAUAGCUGGACGAGUGGACAUAGACUUUGAGACGCAGCCGCUGGGCGUGGAUGGCAACGGGGGGAACGUGUUCCUGCGUGACAUUUGGCCGACCCGUAGCCAGAUUCAGGAGGUGGAGCGCAAGCACGUCAUUCCAGCCAUGUUCCAGGAGGUCUACAGCAAAAUCGAACUCGGCUCUCAGGACUGGCAAACCCUUGAGGUAUCCAAUGGCAAGCUGUAUCCCUGGAGUGCGGCGUCCACCUACAUCAAACGACCGCCCUUCUUCGAGGGCAUGACCCGGCAGCUGCCGAAGCUGGGCAGCAUUGAGGGUGCACGCUGCCUGCUCUUCCUGGGCGACUCUGUGACCACUGAUCACAUCUCGCCAGCGGGCUCCAUUGCCAGAAACUCCCCAGCUGCGCGCUAUUUGGCCGAGCGCCAUCUUACGCCGCGGGACUUCAACUCCUAUGGCUCGCGACGCGGCAACGAUGCGGUAAUGGCUCGCGGCACCUUUGCCAACAUACGGCUGGUCAACAAGCUGGCCUCAAAGACCGGACCGCGAACCGUGCACAUGCCCAGCCUGCAGGAGAUGGACAUUUUUGAUGCUGCCGAGCGAUAUCGGCAGGAGGGUACGCCCUUGGUGCUGAUUGUUGGCAAGGACUACGGCAGUGGCAGCUCCCGUGACUGGGCCGCCAAGGGUCCGUUUCUGCUAGGCAUCAAGGCUGUCAUUGCGGAGUCGUACGAGCGCAUACACCGCUCGAAUUUGGUCGGCAUGGGUGUCAUUCCCCUGCAGUUCCUGCCAGGACAAGGCGCUGAGUCCUUGCACCUCACCGGUCGGGAGUUGUUUAACAUUGCCCUGCCCAAAAGCGACGACCUGAGGCCGGGCCAGAGAAUUCAAGUCAACGCUGAUGGCAAUGUUUUCGAGACGACGCUACGCUUCGAUACCGAGGUGGACAUUACGUACUACAAGAAUGGCGGAAUUCUAAACUACAUGAUUCGGAAGAUGCUUGACUAGACCUUGUUCAACAAGGGUGCCUUAUGUAUAUUCCAAUUGCUUUUGUAACAAAAUUAUUAUUUUUUUAAACUUUUGACGAAUACAA